AUGCUAAUCUUCUUUGAGCAGCCUCGAAUACCGUCCCCAUCAACCAUAGUCCUUCACGGCAUCAGCGCAACAUGCAAAUCAACUCUCAUCUCCGCCGUCCUCGACGCCCUCCCAGCCCGACACGUGAUCAUCCGAUGCGUUGAAUGUAUUACAUCGCGCCAUUUACUGCAGAAAAUAUUACUGGAAACAUUGCACUCGUUUGGUAUGCAGGAUGAGUGGGAGAAAUUCGGCAAGGGAAGAUGUGAGCAAGUCAGCACGCUUUUGAUUCUUUUGAGUGAUAUUUUUGCGGCUGCAAGGAACGGUAAGAUGUCCGACGGGGAGUUGGGAGGGGCCGAGUUUGUGUUGGUGUUGGAUGGGAUUGAUAGGCAGAGGGAGGCGUCGCAGAUGCUACUUGCGGCAUUAGCGAGGUUAGGGGAGAUGAUACCCUCGUUGACCGUGGUACUAAUCAUGAACACUACGCCUCGUCCGCUGUUCCUUCAGUCUGCUGGUGUCGCUCACAUCAACUUUCCACCAUACACGCGCAAGGAAGCCAUCACGAUAGUCACAGCAGCGGGCCUUCCAAUAGUCGAUUGGCUAUCCGAAGAUCACAAGGAUAAGAUCGCUUCGACUACGUCUUUGCAAAGUAUAUACGCUCAGUUCGUGGCAACAGUCUAUGACUCGCUGGUUGGACCUACAGCAGGCACAAUACCAUCUUUCCGAUCGAUCUGCGAGAGAUUGUGGCCUCGCUUUCUACAGCCUAUGCAAACAGGCGAGGCGGCUGCCGAAGGAUGGGAUUUUACAAGACUCUUGCUUCGUAAUCGAGCCAUGUUCAAGAUUCAGGGUGAAUCGAUGCUGGUGCAUCAUAUCGUUUCUGUACCUGAGGAAACAACAGGAGAGCACAAGACCAAGAAGAGAAAGCUCAAUUCUCUGACGACAACGCCAAAGCUCCCAUCAUUACCAUACUUCCCGACCUUGGUCCUAACAUCAGCAUAUGUCGCAUCCCAUACCCCACAACGACUGGACACAAUCUUUUUCUCCAAAUUCUCCUCCUCGUCACUGUCAGCACGAAACAAACGAUCUCAUCACAGGCGACGACUGAAAUUACUCUCCCAGGCCCAGGCAGACGAUGACAAUGAUAACGGUGGCACGCCGAAGAAAGGCAAAAGAGUGAAAACCAAAAUCACAAAAUCAAUGCUCAACUCCGCGUUUGCGACUACAUCGGCAACGACAAGUGCAAUUACCGGCGACAACGCCGCCAGCGGAGGUGCAGGAGGUGGCGGCGCGCAACAACUCACAGGCUCAUCGACCCUGCUAACAGCCCGCCCUUUCMCCCUCGAACGUCUAAUAGCUAUUUAUCAUGCUAUUGAUCCCAACCCGCCUGCAAACGCACUACAUACACUCCCGACAGCCGAUGCAAUAUACAACGAACUUGCGACUUUGCGCCGAUUGAGGCUUGUUGUCCCCGCCACGGGGGGCAGUAGUCAUAAUGUCGGAGGAGGAGCGACGGCCAUGAUGACGGCGGAUGUGGGUGAGAAAUGGUCCAUAAAUGUCUCUGGAGAUUGGGUUGGGGAACUUGCGAAGGGGAUUGGUGUUGAGGUUGGGGAGUGGUUGGCAGGCGGAUUGGACUAA